AUGAUGCCAAUCAAUGAUCUUGAUCGCACUGAUAAUCAGCUGGAACCUCGGGAUUCACUCAAAGCCCCAAUGGUUAUGGCUCAAGCGGUAACAGCAUCGAGAAAUGACCGCUCGCCAGAGAUAUCAGCAAGCGAUGAAGUUCUAACUGCCAAGCGACGAAACUGGAGUGAGGUGUCUGGUGAUCGAAUUGAGACCCUGAAUCUAGGACCCGUCGAUAGGGCCUCUAUCCUGGAGCAUCUGCUUUCAAAUGUGCGCCUCGAAAUGAGCGAGAGGUACUCUUCGGUGCUCGAGGAGUAUGAUAUUGCUAGAAUUCUCGAAGACAGCCUAAGCCCAGCCGUGAAAAAGAUAUGUGAACAGGGCAAAUUUGAUCUUAUCAGGCAUUUACUAAUAAAUCCAUCUAGUCUCCUGGAAAUUGGACAAGACCCAGAAACAAAAGAAGAAGCCGGCGUAUAUCUUCACAUUCUAUGGAGAGAGGAUGAAAUCACCAAACGAUUCUGGCUUUAUGUCGGACAAGCAUGUGUGCUGUGUCUGAGAAUCCAGAAACACAAAGAUCCUAAACAUCGUUGGAAGAAUAUGGGACUACAUUACGCAGUGUGGGCCUCUGCCGUGGAUAUAAAAUCAGCUUUUGUCACUCUAGCUACCCUCGACGCCCCAUCUUCUACUCAAACGCAGCUGGUUCUGAACCUGGCAGAGAUGUGGAUACUCCUGGUUGCCGAAAAAUACAACCCUGUGUGGUCGGGUAAUCAUCUCAACGUUGCAUUGCCAUUAUGGCAAGGGUUCACAGAUACCCAAGAAAACAAAGCUAUCGCUGACGCAAUUGGCGGCAGAUCGACAUUCCAGCAAUACCUAGCAUCUGAGGAUUCAGUUAUUCGGGCAUGGGCGGAGCAAACCAGGGAUGCGUUCAACGAUAUACGAAACUCACCUGACCCGGGGAUCAGAAGUUACUGGUGGAAUCUUCACAAAGAGCGUAUCCUUACUGCACAGGACACCUGGGGCAAAAAGAAAGCUAGCAUGGCUAAGCAGCAUCUUGGAGGGGCCAAAGCUCUCGUUACAUUGCAUUCCGGGAAUCAUGGAGACCACCAAACCGAGGUCAGAGCUGGUAGUUUCAGGUUCACUGUUUCAAAAGCAUUUGGGCUUGAUCACCAUGACGGCGAUGAAGUUAUUCUCCAAUAUCAUCUGACACCGACUCCACACCCACACGCUUAUGCUCUUUCUGCUUUGAAAACAGAUCCUGCUACCCGCUUGGGGGUUUCUAUCCGCGGACAAGACAGCCAUGGGGGUUUUCAUUGCUGGCUAAAAGCGACUGGAGAGUGCAAUUUACGAAAAAUGAACUCACUUGUGGACAUUCUGGAAGGGUAUUCUGCAGAGGAAAGUCGGGGGUUCAAGAGACGCUGGUUUGUUACCAAGUCUUUGAAAAGGCUAAGAAGUGAGCCUUCAGGGAGAAAUAUGUACACUUGA